CUCCGCGCCGGCCUGCCCGUCCCCUGUGGAACGCAGUCGCCGCUGCUCGCUCGCUGUCCUCGCCUUCCCCUCUCGCUGACCACCACCCGCGUCAACAUGAACGGGCAGCUCAACGGCUUCCACGAGGCCUUCAUCGAGGAGGGCACGUUCCUCUUCACUUCCGAGUCCGUCGGGGAAGGCCACCCAGAUAAAAUUUGUGACCAGAUAAGUGAUGCUGUCCUGGAUGCCCACCUUCAGCAGGACCCUGAUGCCAAGGUGGCCUGCGAAACUGUUGCUAAAACUGGCAUGAUCCUUCUUGCUGGGGAGAUUACAUCCAGAGCUGCUGUUGACUACCAGAAAGUGGUUCGGGAAGCCAUUAAACACAUUGGCUAUGACGAUUCUUCCAAAGGAUUUGACUAUAAGACUUGUAAUGUGCUGGUGGCGCUGGAACAACAGUCACCAGAUAUUGCUCAAGGUGUUCAUCUUGACCGGAAUGAGGAAGACAUUGGUGCAGGAGAUCAGGGUUUAAUGUUUGGUUAUGCCACUGAUGAAACGGAGGAGUGUAUGCCUUUAACGAUUGUUUUAGCACAUAAGCUCAAUGCCAAACUGGCUGAACUCCGCCGCAAUGGCACUUUGCCUUGGUUACGCCCAGAUUCUAAGACUCAAGUGACGGUGCAGUAUAUGCAGGACCGAGGCGCCGUGCUUCCCAUCAGAGUCCACACAAUUGUUAUCUCUGUUCAGCAUGAUGAGGAAGUUUGUCUUGAUGAGAUGAGGGAUGCCUUAAAGGAGAAGGUCAUCAAAGCUGUUGUACCUGCAAAAUACCUUGAUGAGGAUACAAUUUACCACCUGCAGCCAAGUGGCAGAUUUGUUAUUGGUGGGCCUCAGGGUGAUGCGGGAUUGACUGGCCGGAAAAUCAUUGUGGACACUUAUGGUGGUUGGGGAGCUCACGGAGGAGGUGCCUUUUCAGGAAAAGAUUAUACCAAGGUGGACCGCUCAGCUGCUUAUGCUGCUCGUUGGGUGGCAAAGUCCCUUGUUAAAGGAGGUCUGUGCAGGAGGGUGCUUGUUCAGGUCUCUUACGCUAUUGGAGUUUCUCAUCCAUUGUCUAUCUCCAUUUUCCAUUAUGGCACCUCUCAGAAGAGUGAGAGAGAGCUGUUAGAGAUUGUGAAGAAGAAUUUUGAUCUGCGCCCUGGGGUCAUUGUCAGGGUGUUAUGAGUUUCUUAAAAGUGGGAUUUUAAGGCUUGGUAAGUAUUUCAUGGUCACAGAUAAGCUUCUGAGUUUUCUGACAAAGCCAGGGGUGGAAAAACGAGCACUGUAUUUACUAAUGAGGACUGUGCAAGGAGUUUGGACACCAGGGAAGUAACAAACACUUUUGCCAUAAACUUUUUUCCUAGCAUACCCCAGAGAACAGAACUCUAUGCCAGAGCUCUUGAAAAUGAGUCUUGCUGAUUGUUUUUGCUUUAUUUUAAUUCAGUGCUACAUAUUAAGUUAUGGACUUGUAUAUUCCAGGGAUCUGGAUCUGAAGAAGCCAAUUUAUCAGAGGACUGCAGCCUAUGGCCACUUUGGUAGGGACAGCUUCCCAUGGGAAGUGCCCAAAAAGCUUAAAUAUUGAAAGUGUUAGCCUUUUUUCCCCAGACUUGUUGGCGUAGGCUACAGAGAAGCCUUCAAGCUCUGAGGGAAAGGGCCCUUCUGACUAAAUUCUCCUGUCCUCUUUCAGCUCCUGCUAAGUUGCAGUCACUCUAGUCAAUGACAUGAAUUUUAGCCUUUGUUGGGGGACUGUAAGUUGGGCUUGCUAUUCUGUCCCUAGGUGUUUUGUCCACCAUUAUAAUGAACUUAGUGAGCAUAGGUGAUCCAUGUAACUGCCUAGAAACAACACUGUAGUAAUAAUGCUUUGAAAUUGAACCUGUGUGCCCUGUUGCCCAACCCUCAAGUCCUAAUUGCAUUGAGUUACCCACCAGAUGCUGAAAAUGUCCUUGUAAUGUGCACGUAAAGUAUUUGUAGUCCACUAUAGCUUCUGUCUGGCAAUGCCACAACCCUGUCAGCAUGAAUUUGUAAUGUCUUGAGCUCUUAUGAAUGUGAAGCCCCUCUUUAUCCUCCCUGUAACUCAGCCCAUUUCUAAUUAUGUAGCUCUUUGUCAGGGAGUGUCCCUAUCCAAUCAGUCUUGCAUGUAACGCAAGUUCCAGUUGGAGCUCUAGCCUGACAUAAAAAGGCAGUUACUAUUAAACCAUCUCCCUGGUGCUUAUGCUCUAAUGGCCACCUCUAACAGCACCAAAUUAAAUCUCUCCACUUUCAGCUGUCUUUUGGAGGACGUACGUAAUAAGGUUUCUACUUAGCAAACCAAUCCUAUGCAUGGUUUCAGCACUAGCCAAACCUCACCAACUCCUAGCUCUAGAAAAACGGGCACUUGGCACCCUUGUGAUAUCAUACAGAGAAGUCACAGGGCAGUACCUGAGGGUCUGUAGGUUGCACACUUUGGUACCAGAUAACUUUUUUUUUUUUCUUUAUAAGAAAGACUGAGUACUCCACACUGCACAAUAACUCCUCCCAGGGUUUUAACUUUGUUUUAUUUUCAAAACCAGGUCCAAUGAGCUUUCUGAACGGCUGGUGUAGCUACAGAGAAACCAGCUUUCUUCAGAGAGCAGUGCUUUUGGCGGGGAGGAGGAAAUCCCUUCAUACUUGAACAUUUUCUAAUUGCUUAUUUAUUGUAUUCUGGGGUAUGGCGUAAGUACAGAGAAGCCAUCACCUCAGAUGGCAGCUUUUAAAUUUUUUUUUUUCUCUCAACACCAUGAUUCCUUUAACAUGUUUCCAGCAUUCCCAGGUAGGCCAAGGUGUCCUACAGAAAAACCUUGGGUUAGACCUACAGGGGGUCUGGCUGGUGUCAACAGAAGGGAGGGCAGAGCUGGUGCAGCUGGCCAUGGAGGAAGCGGACUUGGCUGGUGUGGUACAGAGAAGCCAGCUUGUUUACAUGCUUAUUCCAUGACUGCUUGCCCUAAGCAGAAAGUGCCUUUCAGGAUCUAUUUUUGGAGGUUUAUUACGUAUGUCUGGUUCUCAAUUCCAACAGUUUAAUGAAGAUCUAAAUAAAAUGCUAGGUUCUACCUUAAA